AUGGCAGCUUUCAAUGGUGGGACGGGACCACAGAGCACAGAAUUUAGUAUCUUUAACCAAACUAAAAAAGAACUAUCAGUAGCAGUACCAUGGGGUACUAUGGCUGCUAAAAGCUGGAACUCAGAAUGCACAAAGAUAAUAAUAGGAAUUCACGGAUGGCAAGAUAAUGCUAAUUCAUUUGAUAAAUUAAUCCCACUAUUACCGAAAGGUAUUAGAUACAUUAUCCUUGAUCUCCCCGGACAUGGUAAAUCGUCAUAUUUUCCUCCUGGAACUAUGUACGAAAUGCAAAGAUACAUCAUGAGUCUGCACUUUUUUGUCAAGGGUUUAAAACUAGAUAAAUUUUCGUUAAUGGGGCAUAGCUUAGGUGGUGCUGUCUGCUGUUUGUAUUCCGGUACCUUCCCUAAUAAUGUAUACGAAUUAAUUAUACUAGAAUCGAUAUGUGCUGCAUCGGGAGAACCAGAAAGAUUAGUGAACUUAUUUUCUGAAGGUCUCGACUCUUUCGUAAAGGGUGAGUUCAGAACGGCAAAGCCUUAUCCAUCAAUUGACGCAGCCGUCGAAAGGUUGAAACUAGCAAACAAUUCUUUGACAGAUGACGCUGCAAAAAUUCUAAUUGACAGAGGCACAGUCAAAUCGGAAAAUGGCUAUUUAUUUGUUAGAGAUCCGGUAUUGUAUCAAAGUACCCUUCGAAUGGCGCGAGAGGUGCAACUAGAAAUAGUCUCCAGGAUUAAAGCGAAAACGUUAAUUGUUCUAGCAGAGGAUGGAUUUAUACUCAAAGGCGUUGAUGCUGCAGUUUUAGCCCGUCUUCUUGAAGCUUACAAGAAAAGCACAUCUUUGUACAAGCAAGUUACCGUGCCUGGCAAACAUCACAUACACCUGACUGAUCCAGAAUCUAUCAGUCAAAUUAUUUGUGACUUCCUAAAUGACAGCGUAGAAGAUUCAUCUUAA